AGGCCUACCAGUGAGGACAGAAUUGAGGCAAUUUUCUGUGAUCAACAAACUAUGGGCUAGUGUUGUUCCGUCUGCAUUUAGGGGAGCUGGCCCAGCAGAAGAUUGUCCGAUGAGUAUAGUGAUGCACUCCUUUGGUGGCAACACGGUGGUCCUUGCUCUGUGUCGUGAUAUUCACCUCCGACUAUGGGCAGCUGAGCCAGCAGAGUGUAUAAUGACCUGUGACCUGGAAGAAUAUCUGGUUCAAGAUACUGAAUCUGAAUCUUCACUCACCUUGUCUGUGCUACUUGUGUUACAGGUGUUAACUUGUGUCUAAGGAAAGCAGCAGAAUCUACUGGAACAUCUUUGCGUUUUGCUGUGUACAUUGAGACUAAUGUUGGAUCACAGGUUUCAGUGUUUCAGCUACUGGUGGUAGACCGGCAACUUCACUUAGAGCACAUCUCCUCCUUCCCAUGCAUUAUGGAGAGAAACUUAGUGGACAUGUGUUGUACUAACAGUGAGGUGUGGGCCAUAUGGAACGAGAGUGACGGUGGAGAAUGUGUAAAGCACCUGACAUAUGACGGGGAGCUGUGCCAUGCGUGGAAGAAAGCAACUCUUUCUUCGCUUCCUCCUCAAGAUGUUUUUGUUUCUCCAAAUGCAGAACCCCGGACUUUCUUCCUGGAUGCUAUCUUUAAACCUGGAAGGUUUUCAAUAUCUGCUAUACACAAAGCCUUGGAGCUCUAUGGGAUCGCAGUAGGUAAUACGUCGGUUCAGCAGUUAAAGGAGAUUGCUACAGCUGCAACAGAACGUGAGCUGCAAACAUCUGCCAAUUCGACUCAGUUGCAUCACGAGCAGUUUAGAGAACUUCAAAUCCAGUGUUGGACCAAACUCUAUAGCUGCUGUUGUCAGUACCAGGAGCUAAUGAACCACUUUGUAGGAUUGUUUGUAGAUCCUGCAACCGGGAUGGUGGGCCUGUGCAAAGAGGGUGGACUGUCUUUCAUGUAUCCUGUGCCUUCUACCGACUCCCUUACCUAUGAGCACCUAGGAGUGUGUCUUCAAGGAGACGUCUCAUUACACGACAGUGAAAACCUUUUGGAGGCUGCUCGACUUACCAGAGACCAGUUAGACAGUGAGGUACUGGAGUCUGUGUUGAGCAGUGAAGAUCCUGUGGCGGUAGCAACUGAAGUUGCAGAAGCUAUUGCAAACACUCAAUCGAAGGAGAACAUGUCAUACAGAGAAACGUUGGAAUCACUGUUGUUACCAAUAGGAGAUGUUCAUAAACUUCUAGCUUUAUUAGUGGCAGAGUUGGAUCCUUCUUAUGAGGAUGAAAUGAUUGAAACUGCUGAUGUACAAGAUUCAGAGACCCAAUUGGCCAUGUCACAGCUUUUUGCGUCUCCUGUUUCUGAGCGACUACUAGCUGAUAUUGUUGGGAGGAGAUGCUUAGCGAGACUAAUGGUAACAACAGACCUUCUGUUACUGAUCUCUCUACUGCAGCAUCAGGGAAAGGUGCAGAACGUGAAUCGGGUCCUCUACAAGCUCUCAACUCUCCUACAAAACUAUCAUACACUCCACUGGCUGUGUUGUCAGUCGGUUGUUCCUACUUCUCCCCUCUCACUGGAAAACAAUAUGCGACAGUUGGCUGCUCUCAACAUUUCCUCCUGCUCUAGACAGCCUCCCAUUAACUCAGAUUGUAGUCUGUUGGAAUUGUACCUGCGAGGGAGGGGUGGACAAGAGCUGCGUGGAGCUAUUGUUAGGUCUGUGACCUCUCGUGGUGGGCAGUCCUCUGUCUGGAGUGAACUGCUGCCUCAGAGUGUCACCAUUCUCCUAGCACAACUGUGGCCCUCCAGCAACUCUGUGUCAGUGUGUCAGUUCCUUCUCUCUGCUUGCCAACACACACAUCUGCAGGACUAUAUUGCAGAGACUAAGUCAUUUAUAAAUGAAGGGAAAGACUCCAUCAAUUUCCUGCUGGCCCAGAGCUACCUCCACACUGGAGAAGUUGAAAAGGCUACCAAAUGCUUCCUGUCUGCUGUGUCUUACCCUGUCUACUCGUCUGAAGACCUGCUGCAGCAGGUAAUUGCAGGAGGAGGCAAGGAUGGAGAGGAAAAGAGCUCAGACAAAGAAAAGCUACUAAAAUACUUUCUGAAGGUUAUAGGCCUGUUUGAACAGACCUCUAGCCAUCUUGCAGUCAUCAAGGUAGCAAAAACUGCUGUGAUGUGCUUUGACAAGGAUGACCUUCAAUCAGCAGUGUUGUGGUCUAUACUCUUCAAAUAUCACUUACACCUUAGUUACUAUGAAGAUGCCUACAUGGACAUGAUGAAUAAUCCUGAUCUCACCAGGAGAAAGGAGUGUCUUCAUCAUUUUGUUGUUGUGCUGACUGAUCAAAACCAACUGAAACUAAUCUGCCAUCUGAACUAUCCAGGAAUGGAAGAAGAAAUUGUACGGGUGAUGGAGGAUCGCGCUCGCAGUAUGGACCUGAUGAAACACAAGUACUAUGACUUGCUUUAUUGCUAUCACACAACCAAACAGAACUACAGAAAAGCUGCCUCAGUCAUGUAUGAGUACGGACUGAGACUGGGGAGAGAAGCUCCUGGGACACUAUCUCUCAAAAAACAGGCCAACUGUUACUGCAUGUGUCUAACUGCCCUUCACUUGGCGCAGCCACAGUAUGCAUGGGUGGUGGUGCCAGUGGAGCUGGAGGAGAUCAUGGAGAAGAAUACGAAAAUGGCGCAGAAGAGAAAGAGACCGCAUACAUCCGAAGGGAAACAGCAACCAGUGCAGGUUGAGGUAAAAACCAUCUCUGACAUUGAGAAGGACUACUCCCUGGUGAGGACCAAGUUAAACCUCCUGCGAAUGGAUCCUUCUAUGGCCAACCAGAUUUACAGUCAGUUGGGCUUGUGCAUGAAGUAGUGUUGUGCGUUAAUUCUAUUGAGUCGGUACUGUAAAUAUACAUGGUAAAAAAUACAACCAGUCCAUGGAAUAGUCAGUAUCACAAAUGAUGCUCCAUUCAACCACAUACCCCAGGAUUCUUACGUCAAUGGAGCUUGUCACUCUUACUGUUGUCAUUCUUGUCCAUAAAGAUUAUGGUACAUCGUUUACAAGUACUUUUUUCUUCACACCUAAGAGACACACUAUCUUUUCCUGGCUUUGACACAUUAUUGCUAUGCCAUUAUUUUAUUUAUCUCACAGCUUGUUGAAUCGAAAUAAUUGGGUAUGUCGAGUAGCUCACGUCACUCAAAACAAAGGCUCUCCAGUAAUACUAGUAAUAAUGCCGUGCACCUUUUGAUGCA